AUGAGCUGGGAUGUCGUCCCCAAGCCCUGGGUCUGGGUCAGCUUCGCCCGCCGGGGGCCCAGAGGCCCCGCCCUAAAUGAAAGCGGGGCCCGGGGACACCUGGACCGCGGGAGUCCCGCCGACUCCCAGGGGACAGGGGCUGCUGUCUCCUGCCAGCUCUGUGCCCAGAUCUGGCGACUCCUCGACACUCUGAAAGCUCAUUUUGCACAGCACAUCUCGGUUUGGACCAGCGCCUUUGCAAGCGAGGGCAGUUUGGACCAGCUCACAGGGGCCCCGGGGCUGCCCUAUGGCACAGCCGGGCUUGGGAGCCUGCCGGACCCUGCACGAUCAGCGUUCUCUACCUCCCUCCCCAGCACCCUUUGCUCCCAGCGCUCAGGCCGGAAGCUCCACGCACCCAGCCCCUGUCUCAUCUGCCAGGCAGAGAAUGUUUUCACUACUCGUCUGGGUUAUGUGAGGACUCACAACACGGUGCCGCCACGUACCUGGUACGGGGGCUACGCAAACUGCACCCCGAGGGCCGGGUGCGCGCAGGAGCGCCAGCUGAAGGACGGCGCGCCGGGGCGCGCCGGCUGCGGCAACCCGGGCAAGUUCCACCACGUGGAGAAGAGCGCGGCGUGCGCGCCGCUCUGCACGCCGGGCGUGGACGUCUACUGGAGCCGCGACGACAAGCGCUUCGCCGUGGUCUGGCUGGCCGUCUGGUCCGGGCUCUGCUUCUUCUCCAGCGCCUUCACCGUGCUCACCUUCCUCAUCGACCCGGCGCGCUUCAGGUACCCCGAGCGCCCCAUCAUCUUCCUCUCCAUGUGCUACUGCGUCUACUCCGUGGGCUACAUCAUCCGCCUCUUUGCGGGCGCCGAGAGCAUCGCCUGCGACCGGGACAGCGGACAGCUCUAUGUCAUCCAGGAGGGCCUGGAGAGCACGGGCUGCACCCUGGUCUUCCUGGUCCUCUACUACUUCGGAAUGGCCAGCUCCCUGUGGUGGGUGAUCCUCACGCUCACCUGGUUCCUGGCUGCGGGCAAGAAGUGGGGCCACGAGGCCAUUGAGGCCAACAGCAGCUACUUCCACCUGGCGGCCUGGGCCAUCCCCGCCGUGAAGACCAUCCUGAUCCUGGUGAUGCGCAGGGUGGCGGGGGACGAGCUGACCGGCGUCUGCUACGUGGGCAGCAUGGACGUCAACGCCCUCACCGGCUUCGUCCUCAUCCCGCUGGCCUGUUACCUCAUCAUCGGCACUUCCUUUAUUCUCUCGGGCUUUGUGGCCCUUUUCCACAUCCGGAGAGUGAUGAAGACGGGUGGGGAGAACACAGACAAACUCGAGAAGCUCAUGGUGAGGAUCGGGGUCUUCUCCGUGCUCUACACGGUGCCGGCCACCUGUGUGAUUGCCUGCUACUUUUACGAACGCCUCAACGUGGAGUACUGGAAGGUCCUGGCCACGCAGCACAAGUGCAAAAUGAACAACCAGACCAAAAACCUGGACUGUCUGAUGGCCGCCUCCAUCCCUGCGGUGGAGAUCUUCAUGGUGAAGAUCUUCAUGUUGCUGGUGGUGGGCAUCACCAGCGGCAUGUGGAUCUGGACAUCCAAGACUCUGCAGUCCUGGCAGAGUGUCUGCAGCCGCAGGUUCAAGAAAAAGAGCCGACGGAAACCGGCCAGCGUGAUCACCAACAGCGGGAUUUACAAAAAAGCCCAGCACCCUCCCAAAACCCGCCUCGGGAAAUACGAAAUCCCCGCCCAGCCUCCCACCUGUGUGUGAAGGGGCUUGCGGGGAAGGUAGGGGUGGAAAACUUUCCCGGAGAGGAUACAGUGGCGGCCAGAGCCAAAACAUGGUGCUUCUCUUCAUUGGUUGCUUGCUUGCUUGUUUUGGUUUUUUUUUUUUUUUAAUAAACGUAAAAGAAAAAAAAAAGUCUUUACCCUGAAAUCCAGGAUGCUGUGA